AUGGAGUAUAUUAAUUGGCAGAACAGCCAUCAUUUGACAUCAGUUUCCUCUGAGAACAAUUUGUGUUUACAAUUAGUUUCUGAGAAAAUUUCCAUCAUGAGUCAAGUGAGCGUCUUCGGCGGGGACGACGUUGCCGUGGCCGAGCUGUGGUCUGCCAGGACGCACGGAAGGUUCCUCGAUGUCACCCUGGUGUGCAGGGGCGGCGCCCUCCUGUGCCACCGCGUGGUCCUGGCAGCUGCCUCGCCCCUCCUCGCCGCAGAGCUGCGAGGGGCGCACUCCGUCAUCAGCCUGGCUGACGUUCCCCUCCAGCAGGUGUACCUCGUGCUGCAGGUCAUGUACCGCCAGUCGUUCUCCUUCCCGCACGCGGAUCUGCCCGGAUUCCUCGCCGCUCUCCGCCGCUGCGGCGUCGACCCUCCCCGAUACGCCGUCAGCCGCGCUGACGUUCCUCGCGUGGAAGGCUCCAUCCUCCGGGCUUUGCUGAGUCGGCCUCCGGUUCCUUCGCCUCGACAGCAACAGAAUGGAUCGCCAACAAAACGUCUUCAAGAAGAUGCGGUGACGUCUUCGAGUGAUGCCCUCUUCUGCUGUAGCCGCUGGUGGAGCUGUUCCGACGAUCUAUUCGAGCACAGACUUUCGCCUGAACAUCUUGAUAGACGCGAGGACAACUGCCUCGUUUCUAGCACUACUGAUUAA